GACUCAGUACAUGAUCGCUUAAUUCGCAUCAAGCAUUGAUAAUGUUCAGUUCACAGCGGGUGAUGAUCUUCACAAGUUAGAUUCUCGGGUGUUGUCGACAGAGAGAUGGCAGGCCGCCUAAAGUUGCUGCUGAUGAUUUUCGUACCUGCAGUCUGUGGAUCCAUCACAUUAUUGGGCCAUACUGGUCAAAACAUCACUCUGCCAUGCAAGUACGACAUCAAGAGCCAUAAACUAACUCCGGCGUGCUGGGGCCUAGGACCAAUACCAGUGUCAGGCUGCAACGACAAGAUCAUCAGCACCAAUGGGGUAAAAGUCCAAGGAGAAACAAACCGGUAUAAGCUUCUGGGUCCAGUGAGUGGUGGCGACGUUUCCCUGACGAUCCUGAAUGUAACAAAGAGGGACAGCGGAAUAUAUGGCUGCAGGGUAGAGAUUUUUGGUUUGUUUAAUGAUGAAAUACAUUCCAUCCAUCUUAUUGUAAAUGAAGCUCCUCAAAUGACCAGCACCACUUUAAAAACAGGAAUGUCUGCGGAGAAAAUGGCAGCCGGCGUUACAGCAGUUAAUGUCAUCUCUACAGAAACGUCCUUUUCCUACAGCUCAACAGAAACGCUCUACACCUCCACCCAAACCAAUGUCCCGGCGAUUCUGUUCGGGGUGGUGAUCGUUGUCUUGGUCACGGCUGUUGUCAUCGCCAUUAUUGUAGGCAUUCAUUGGAGGAAACUAGUCAAAAUCCGCCAGCAACCACCCGAUGGAGUUUCUGUGAGGCUAAGCUCUUCUUCGUCGUCCCUGCAUCUCUACUAUCAAGCUUCAGCGUUGGAAAACAUCUACCAGAUGGAUGACGGAGAAUAUGACUAUUUACCUUGAAAGUCCCGUCACAUCUAUCAGGGCACCAAGUGUCCAUCAUACAAACAUUACAUUUCAUUUAAAAAAAAAAAAAGGUAUUCUUCUUUUUAUUUGUUUUUUCUAAUAAUUUAAUUGGGUUUUUUUUUCUAUUCAAGUGCAUGUUGUACUCCUAAAUGUAUUUCUCUUUUUUUUUUUGGUUGUAAUUUUUUUCAAGAACUUUAGCCUUAAAACAAAUGUGUUGUGAAUGUUUGGACAAUUUGGACACCUUUGGCUCUCGGAGAAGAAAAUUAAUAAAAUGUGUUCAUAUUUUA